CCGACGCCACCGCUUGGAUUCCCCAACCUUCUCCUAUUUAAAGCCGCCUCCGCCGCCUUUUCCUCUCCGUAUCCGUUCCCCAUCGCGCUCGCCUCCAUCCAUCCAGCUCUAGGGUUAGGGUUUCCCAAUUCUGAUCGCAGAAGAGAAGAAGGUUCGGUCUCUUGGAGAGUUUCUUCGCCGCCUUAGCGAGACAGCCCUUUUCCUCUGUCGCGAAGUGUGAAUGCUUUAAUGGAGUCAAAAGGUGGCAAGAAGAAGUCCAGCAGUAGUUCCUUACAGUAUGAAGUUCCCCUUGGCUAUAGCAUUGAGGAAGUUCGACCAAAGGGUGGAAUAAAGAAGUUCCAUUCUGCUGCUUACUCCAAUUGCACGAGGAAGCCAUCUUGAUAACCCUUCAGAUGCGUUCUUCUGUAGAGUAGGAUUAGGAUUACCUUCAACAUUGUUUUGAAUUCUGCUUAUAAGCCAUUCUCUUUGGCAAGCUGCUUUCUAACAACCAAAUCAGCCUCUCAAUCCCACCCCUUAUCUUGUUCUGUGUUCUCCUUCCUUGGCUUUUGUUCCCUUUCUCAGACUGAUGGCAGUCUUACCAGUGUAUGACAUGGGUUCUCCUCUAGCCUCACCAAUCGGGUUUGAGGGCUAUGAGAAGCGUCUUGAGAUCACCUUCUCUGAAGCACCUCUUUUUGUGGAUCCACUUGGGCAGGGUCUGCGUGCCCUUACUCGUGCCCAGAUUGACUCCAUUUUGGAACCAGCACAGUGCACCAUUGUUGCGCAGCUCUCGAACAAGGAUUUCGAUUCCUAUGUCCUCUCUGAAUCGAGCCUGUUUGUGUACCCAUACAAGAUAAUCCUCAAAACCUGUGGGACUACAAAGCUCCUUCUAUCAAUUCCAAGAAUUCUUGAACUUGCUGAGGAGCUCUCUCUCACUGUUUUGUCUGCAAAGUACUCAAGAGGGACUUUUAUCUCUCCAAGUGCUCAGCCUGCUCCCCAUCGUAGUUUCUCAGAGGAGGUUGCAAUACUUAAUCAAUUCUUUGGUGGCCUUGCAUCUGGUGGGAAUGCUUAUGUGAUAGGUGAUCCGGCAUCAUCCAAUGGGAAUUGGCACAUCUAUUAUGCUGCUGGAAAGCCUGAGCUGCCAAUGGUUACUCUUGAGAUGUGCAUGACUGGCUUAAACAGCAAGAAGGCUUCCAUCUUCUACAAGAAUUUGGUGGAUGGUCACUCUUCAACAGCAAAUGAGAUGACUAAGCUCUCUGGCAUUUCUGAGAUUAUCCCUGAGAUGGAGAUAUGUGACUUUGAAUUUGACCCUUGUGGCUACUCAAUGAAUGGGAUUAAUGGCCUUGCACUUUCAACAAUUCAUGUGACACCUGAGAAUGGGUUUAGCUAUGCUAGCUACGAAGCCAUGGGGUUUAACCCUGACAGAGUGGUCUAUGGGGACUUGAUCAAGAGGGUUCUUCAUUGCUUUGAUCCCUCUGAGUUUUCUGUGGCAGUCACCAUCUUUGGUGGACGUGGGCAAGCUGGCACUUGGGGAAAGAUGGUUGAUGUCAAUGGCUACACUUGCAAGGAUCUGGUGGAGCAGGAGCUUGCUGGUGGUGGGCUGUUGAUGUAUCAGACCUUCUCUGCUUCCAAGCUGAAGGCAGUUUCACCAAGGUGUGUCCUACGUUGCUGGGAUGGUCAGUAUGGAGGAGGAGAAGGCUGGGAGAGAUACCAGGUUGGGCUUUCGAGAUUAUAAUUUGUGAUUCUGGUGGUGUUUGCUCUGUUUGGCUUAGAAGCAGCAUACAAGCCAAGUCAUUAUUGCACAUCCAUCUACUUAGUAUUGUGAAUUUUAAUUUGGUCUUUGUGUUGUGCCUGAACUAUGAUCUUCAGUCUGUAGGUAAAAUAAAAGGCUUUGUGGCUUGAUGUAUGCCACAAGAGCCGUAUAAUGUGUCCUAGUGUUUCAGGUAAGUGUAGUGUCUUGUAUGGUUUAUGUUUGAACCUAUAAUUUAGUAUUUUGGAAUAAAAAGCUUUGUGGCAUGGUGUUUUCUGCCACAAUAAGCAGA